CGCCCAUCUGCUGCUCCCCAACAGCCCACCCAACCACUCCUAGCGUCGCCCACCACGUCGUACACAACAGUCCAGACGAUGCACACGGCCGUCCAGCCGUUGCCGGCCCAGAUGCUGCCCCAGUACCCUCGCCCGCCGCUGCACGUCAACGCCGGCAGGAAUCCGCCGCCGGCGGUGCUGACGCCAGCGCAGGGCAACACCGUCAGGAAGCGCAAGCGUCCGACGCACUACAGCGUCAGCUACAGCGAGGUCAAGGAGGUCGACAACGAGGGCAAGCUCCGGGACGUCAUUGUUAUCGAGGACACGCCGCCCCCGCCGACCGCAUCCCCCGCCACCACCCGGGCCAGUCUCAAGUUCUCGACGUCGUACCAGCCCACGCAGCUCUCUGGACCCAUACGCACUCGGGCACGCGCCGCUGCGGAGGCUCAGGCACUUUCAGCGAGCACAUCGACAAGUACCGUCAUCGCACCGCCCGCGAAGAAGCGCAAGCGCGACUACCCGACGCCCUCCAGCGCCAGCAAGGCUGGUCCCAGUAGUCAACAACAUGCCGUAUCCACCACGAAGUCGUGGGCCAGCGGCAGUGGACAAACCGUCGAUGAUCCAUCAAAGACGGAGGUACCUUGCGACGAUAAGGAAGGUCACUACAUCAUCGUCCCCGACGAUAUGAUAUACCGGAGGUAUCGUACCGUUCGCCUCCUUGGUCAGGGCACGUUCGGGAAAGUCGUCGAAGCCGUUGACACGCACACAAACAAGCGGGUGGCUAUCAAGAUUAUUCGGGCCAUCCAGAAGUACCGGGAUGCCAGCAAAAUAGAAGUUCGGGUACUCACCAAACUCAAAGAGCGCGAUCCGCUGAAUCGACACAAAUGCAUUCAUCUCCUCCAGUGGUUCGACCAUAGAAACCACAUAUGUCUCGUUUCGGAGCUAUACGGAAUGUGCAUAUACGACUUCUUGAAGGAGAACGACUUCGCUCCGUUUCCUCGUCAACAUAUCCAGUCGUUCGCCCGCCAACUCUUGGGAAGUGUCGCAUUCCUUCAUGAGCUCAAGCUCAUUCACACCGACCUCAAACCCGAGAAUAUCCUUCUCGUGUACAAUGAUUACAAGACCGUCCAGGUGCCGGUAGCCGGGAAGCGUAACCAACCGCCACGGACGAAGCGCAUAUUGGAGUCGACGGACAUCCGCCUCAUAGACUUCGGCUCGGCAACGUUCGACAAUGAAUAUCACUCAACCGUCGUGUCGACACGGCAUUACCGGGCCCCCGAAAUCAUUCUCGGUCUUGGCUGGACAUUCCCCUGCGACGCCUUCUCCCUCGGAUGCAUCUUGGUCGAAUUCUACACCGGUGUCGCACUCUACCAGACGCACGACAACCUUGAGCACCUCGCCAUGAUGGAGAUGGUGAUGGGCAAGAUGCCCGAGCGAUACGCCCGCGCCGGUGCGCGUUCCAAGCCAGAGUUUUUCAAGGAAGGUGGCAAGCUCGCGUGGCCUCCUGCGAAGGCGUCGCGGCAGAGUAAGCGCGAGGUUCGCGCGUGCAAGCCCCUGCAAGAGAUCAUCCCGCCGACGGACGUCAUCAACCGCCACUUCUUAGAUCUCGUCCGCAAGCUGCUGGCGUUCGACCCUGCCCAGCGGAUCACCGUUCGGGACGCCCUUAACCACCCCUACUUUUCGUUGACCAUCCCCAACGAACUAUAACAAACCCAGUGAACGGCGGACCUGGUCCGCCGCCAAAGUAUAUCGAUAAUGAACGAACGAUUUUCGCGCGGCCUACACCACUUACUCGUCCGUUGAUCCGGAUCAUCGCACCUUCCCUCCCCUUCAACGCCUCUUGCACAUUGUACCGCUCGCAACUCAACGGAUGUCUCGUUCGACGGCUGUCUCCAUAUAUAUCCCCGGGGCCUUCCAAUACGCGUGUAAUCAAUACUGCAAUCCCGUAAUGCUUCACUCACCGACCAAAUCAUCCAGCCUUUUCACGUUUCGCAUCCUCUCGUAUCAUUACCACAUUCUUCGCCUGCGAUUAUCUUCGUCAUCCUCAACCCUCCCCUCAUCCG